GCACAUCACGCAUAAUAGGCUUUAUGUUGCGGAGGCGCUGAGCGGAGGAACGCAGCGCUCUGAAGAUCCAAACAAAGGAUCCGCGCGGUUCCGCUGGGUUCUGAGCGCGUGCCGCGAGCGCGUGAGUGUGUAUCAGUGUGUAUCACUGUGUAUCACUGUGUAUCCAGUGUGUAUCAGACUGUAUCCAGUGUGUGUGUGUUGUGGAGAGGAGCUGCUUGCGUGUUAUUGUGGGCGGUCCGUUCAGCGAGUUCUGAUCCGAGGAAGCGAAUCCGAGGUUCUGGAGGUUCUGAAGGUUCUGGAGGUUCUGUGGGUUGGGCAGGACAGUAGACCGAGCUGCUGCCGGACAGUCCGCGCUGUCGGUUCUUCAUGCGCGCGGCUGGUUCGGCGUGUACCGGCCCGGUUCGCCGCGCAGCGCUAUGAGGGUGAGUAAGUGUCUGGGUCUGGUUCGGCCCGUGGGUCCGGUGGUGGUGGGGAUCUCUCUGGGCUUCACGCUGAGUCUGCUGAGUGUGAGCUGGGUGGAGGAACCGUGUGACCCGGUCGGGUUGGUCACCCUGGUCCAGGACGGCAGCGUGGCGAACCGGAGACCCAGCUCCAUUUGGACCGGAACCGAUGGAGAGGAGGAGGAUAUCCAGCCGCGGAUCUUAUCGUACGAACCGGUCCAGCAGCCCCAGCCCAAGAAGAUGUUCAGGGCGAAAUACAUCAGUACAGAGCUGGGGAUCCGGGAGCGCUUGUUCGUGGGGAUCCUGACGUCGAAGAGCACGCUCAGCACGCUGGCCGUCGCUGUGAAUCGCACUAUCAGCCACCACCUGGACAGCGUGGCGUUCUUCACCGGCUCUCGAGAUCGAAAAGUCCCGCACGGGAUGUUCGUGGUUACCCACGGCGACGAGCGGCACAUCUGGAACAUGUACCAGACCGUCAGAUACAUCCUCAAUCACUUCAUAUCCGAAUACGACUAUUUCUACCUGGCCCAGGACGACACCUACACGCAGGCCGACCGCCUCAAAGCGCUGGUGGGGCAUCUCAGCGUCGACCGGCUGCUGUACAUGGGCAGUCCGGAGGAGUUCGAUGGAGGUCAGACGUGGGGGCGGUACUGUUACGGAGGGUUCGGGUACCUGCUGUCCCGCGGCCUCCUGCUCACCCUGCAGCCCUUCCUGGAGAACUGCAGGAACGACAUCAUCAGCGCCAGACCUGACGAGUGGCUCGGACGCUGCAUCGUGCAGUACACCAACACGCACUGCGUCCACCAGCACGAGGGUCUGCAGUAUUAUCACUUUGAGCUGGGGAAGAAUUCGGACCCCAGUAAAGAGGACAGCGCUGAGUUCAGGAACGCUCUGACGGUUCAUCCGGUAUCUGAUCCUGAGCAGAUGUACCGCCUCCACAAACACUUCACCCAGAUAGAGCUGCAGAGAACCUACCAAGAGAUCCACAAACUGCAGGCAGAAAUAAAGAACGUAAGCGUUCUGGCGUUUGAUGGAAACCGCAGCGCCACCUGGCCAAUUGGGAUCACGCCACCGUUUCAGCCGAAGACCCGUUUUGAGGUUCUUCGCUGGGAUUACUUCACCGAAGAUCAGAUUUACUCCUGCGUGGACGGAUCUCCGAAGUGCGAACUGCGCGGGAUCGACAAGCAGGACGUGUCCGACGUCAUCGAGGUGGCGAUGGCGGAGCUGAACAGGAAGUACAAGCCCAUGAUUCACCUCAAGAAGCAGCAGCUUCUGAACGGAUACCGGAGGUUCGACCCGACCCGAGGGAUGGAGUACACUCUGGACCUGCAGCUGGAGGCCGUCAAUCAGAAAGGACGGAGCUGCAGCAUCACGAAGCGCGUCUGUCUUCUCCGUCCUCUGAGCCGCAUCGAGAUCAUCCCCAUGCCCUACGUAACCGAGGCCAGUCGAGUCCACGUCAUCCUACCCAUCACCUUCCAAGACCGAGAGCUGGUGCACCAGUUCUUGGAGGUUUACGCCGCCAAUGCUUUCGUGACGGGCGAGAACGCCAUCCUGACGUUCCUCUUCAUUUACAAAUCCCACGAAGCUCAGCAGGUCAACCGCGACGACAUUUUCGCCAGCGUCAAAGCUCAGAUCACCACCUACGAGCGCAGGUUCCCGGCGGUCAGGAUUCCCUGGAUCAGCGUCAAAACUGAAAGCCCGUCUCAGAUCAAGUUCAUGGACGUCAUUUCCAAAAAGCACCCGGUCGACACGCUGUUCUUCGUCGCCUCUGUGAAGACCAACGUCAAGUCCGAGUUCCUCAACCGCUGUCGGAUGAACUCCAUCAGCAACUGGCAGGUGUUCUUCCCCAUCCACUUCCAGAACUUCAACCCCGACAUCGCCUACUACAACGAGCCGCUGCCCAAAACCGUAGACCUGGUCAAAGAAGCAGGACUUUUUGACCGCAGUUCCUUCGACGAGGCUUGUUUCCACAACUCCGACUACAUGGCGGCACGGACCCGCAUGGCGUCCGACCUGCAGGAGAACGAGGAACUCCUAGAGAGCCUGGAUCUGUACGAUAUGUUUGUAAAGUACUCAACGCUGCACGUUUUCCGAGCGGUUGAACCGUCCCUGCUUCGCCACUACAGCCACCAACAGUGCAACCCCCGACUCAGCGAGGAGACGUACCAGAGGUGCAUGCAGAACACGCUGGAGGGCCUGGGGCCUCGUUCCAAACUCGCCGUGCUCCUGUUCGAAUUGGAACAGGGGAACAGCACGUAGGGAUGAAAGAUAUAGAAGACAGAAAAACAGUAAAUUAAGGACAUACUGUUAAGUUACUGAUUCACAAAAGCGAUUGUUUCUAUUGUCUUGUAGUAUGUUUGUUGAAAGCACACUGGUCAACUUUUCUUUUUUAUCGAUUUUAAAUUAUAUUUUGACCCAAUCAUGUUUGAUUUAUGAGUCAGGAACCAUGCCUUGGUUCCUCUAAACAUCACCUAUGAGGCCCAAUCUCAAUCUCAAUCCUGGAACUAAGUUAUAAGAGCAAAAGGUAAAAUCAUAUUUUAUCGUAUUUUAUGUCUUCAGAAAGGGGUAAGAAUGUGCAGCAAUUAUUAUUGCAGUUAUUAUUGUCAAAUUCUUAAUUCCUUCAUGAUGGGAAGCUGAAUUGAGCUUUUACUAACUUUUAUUUUUUCCCCCCUUUCCACCUUAAAGAUGCAUUAAAAACCUUAAACCAAAUUUUUUUCCAUUAAUAGCUAAAAUAUGUUCCUUUGAAGAAAUGAAAUGUUAAAAAAGCUUAGCCAAUCAGCUCUUUCUCUCCUGCCCCACCUCUAAACCCAUACAUCACCCGCUGCCCCUUCAAAACUACCCCUUAAAUUGUUUUUCUGAUAAAUGCUGCAGCUGCUCUGCCGUCUGUUUCACCAUUUAAGGUGGAACGAGAAAGUUAUAUAGCUACUUAACUACGUAGCUACAGAAAGGAACUACUAGCGCUUGAAACUACACAUUCAUUUUGGUAAUAUAUUGCUUUUAAUAAUUUUAAACAAGGAAAAUGCUCAAAUUAUAUUUAAGUGGUAACAUAGGAUUGCGCCUGAAAUUCACAAAAAAUCUGUAGGAAACAGUUCAAUAGACUGCAAUUCAAUCCUGUUACGAUAAUCAUGCAAUACAUGGACAUGACCUCUUGCUGAUAUUUUACAUUGUUUGUUUUUUCUUAGCAAAGAAUAUAAUUUUUUUUUCUCUAGACCCUAGAACAGGGGUCCGCAAAUAAGUUAUAUAUAUUUUCCAAGUCAUUAUGUGGCGGGCCACAAAAAAAAAAAAAAAAAAAUGUUUUGGUAGCUCUCCAGCCCAGAGGGUUGUUGAACCCAAUUGCAGAACAGUUGAUCUCAAAGCAGGUAAACCCAAGAAGGAAGGAAAAAUAAAUAAAUAAACACACCGCUCCUCACGCGGGAUCCAACCUGUGUCGCCAGGGUCACGCUCCAAUACACUAUCGCUGCCCUGUUUAGUGAAUUGGGACACGGCCAGGAAAAAAACGCCCUUAUAAGGAGAUAGGACGGAAAAAUGAGAAUGAGAACGGGCGAAAACUAAACUAAAGUCACCCCGAGUGCGACAGAGAGAGAGAGACGGGGGAGGAAUGUAAACAAAAGCUCUCAAGAGAAACAUUUGAUACAUAUUUUAUCAUUUUUUUUUUCAUUAUUGUUCAUUAUAGUUCAUUAUAGCAACCUCUCGGCACAGAUGUUUAAUGCUGAUGCUUAUACGCCUAUUGCCGACCCCUGCUUUUGAUACUUAUGUUGAUUUUUAUUUAUUUUUUAUGGAUAUUUCUAAAUAUUUUCCAAAAUGUUAAUUCCAAUGUAUGAAUAUUCUUAAUGUUUGAAAUUCUGUUGCUCUUUAAAUCAAUGUAAUUGCAUUAUCAUGCUAUUAUAUUAUCAUUAUAUUAUCAUUGACAUGACUAGAAUAUGGAAAUAAGUGUCUCUAUUGUUGCCAUGCUGAGCUUGGCACAUCCAUUUUUUUAUUUUUUAUUAUUAUCUGCAUGAGCCCUCAAGACAACACUAUUUAAUUCUGUAAAAUGAAAGAAUUAGCAUUUUUUCCAUCCAACUUAUUUUUUUUGCAAACAGUGCAAACAGACUUCCAGUAAUGGAGUCCAAUCAUGAGAUGCAGCAGAACCGUCCAAUUUUUACCCCGAACUCAGGUCACAGGAGACCCAGGUAAUACCUGAACCCUGUACCAUGUGAUCUCCGGAUCAGUGAUGCACGUUAUUUUUAUUAUUUCAGCUAAUUUGAAAUGCUGAAAGCAUGCAGGCCGUUAAUCUCUGAAGGGUUUAACACUUAUUAAAGUUAUUACUGUUGUUUUUUCUGUACUAUUUAAAUGCCAUUUUUUUUUAUAAUGAACCGCACACAGCUUGUCUCUCGUAAUGUAUUUUUUUUAUUCUUUUACAUGCUGUAGAUUCAGGUCUACACUUUCCUCUGUUUGUUUCAAUGCAAUAAAUAAAAUGAGAAAACCUGACAAAAAUAA